UUGAAAAUUGCGUGAAUACAUUUUGAAAAUAAGUGCAAUCUCAUUGUGAAAAUAUUUGUAACUUUAUUAAGUAACGCGUAAUAAAUCCAAUACAUUAAUUAAAAGCAAAAUGCGUGGACGCGGCGGCUACAUUCCACGUGGAGGCGGCACUAUGCGCGGCGGCGGCGGCUACUACAACAACCGCAACUCCAGCAAUUACGUGAAUACGCGUACCCAGGGCAAUUAUCGUCCCAAUAAUGGACGCUACGAGAACAACUAUCAUCAUAAUAAUAAUCGCUACAGCGGAGGAGGCGGCGGCGGCGGUUCCAAUAAUGAUCACUAUGACAAUCGCAAUCGGGACAAGUUCAACAACCAUCAUAACUCGAGCUCCGGCGGACGCUAUGACUCCGGCGCCGGUCACAAGCGCAGCUAUGAUACGUCACGCGACCGCAACGAUGACCGCAAACGGCCCCGUCAAGACGAUUACCGUCGCACGUCCUCGUCAAAUGAUCACAAUGAUCGCCCAUCGUCGUCAUCGCAGAAUAUGGGCUCAUCAUCGUCCAGUUAUCAUCAACGCAGCAGCACCGGCGGAGGCGGCGGAGGUGGUGUUGGUGGUGGUGGCGGCGGCAGCUCUAGCUCGUAUAGGCCACGAGAUGAUUCGGGCAGUCAGCGACAUCAGCGUGACUCGUCAAUGGGCCCGCCAAAGCGACCACUAAUGCGCAGCGUUGCCGGCAGCAAUUAUAUAUCACGCCCGCGGGGCUCAAUGUCCAUACGCGGCGGCAUAAUACGCAACAACAUGCGCGGCAUUGGCGCCUUGAGGAUCGUGCGUCCACGGAUCAACGAAUCCAAUGAUCUGCGCACUAUGCGCCGCCAGCUUCUCUAUGCGGCACAAAAAGAUCGCGCACGCUUGCUCAAGAUACAACAGCUGAAAAGCUCGUUGAGACGUCAACGCCAGGGAGGAAACAGCAGCGCUAAUUCUAGCGAUGAUAACGAUGACUCUGAUAACGCUGACAAGGAUGACGAUACUGUUAAAAAGAAGAAGAAAAGCAAUGACGAUGAUGGCGACGAUGACGAAGACGAUGAUGCCAACGACGAUAAAGAUGUCGCCGAUGAGGAGGAGGAGAAGAAGAGCGAAACGACUAAAAAGUCGCCAAGCAAGAAGCGUAACAGCAAAACAGCUAACGAUGAUACCGAGGUCAAGGUCAAUGAUGAUAAGGAUAAGGACGAGGAAGAUGAACAACAGCAGCACGAAGAUGGUAAUGACUCUAAGAAUAAGAAUGAUGAUGAUGAGGCUAAAGGCAACACCGAUGAAUCGGGCGAUGCCGAUAAGCCCAAAGAGAAGAGCAAAUCAUCAAGUACAGCCGAAAAGUCGACAGGUAAGAAAAAGGACAAAGACGGCGGCGACAAAUCAAAGAAAUCGUCCAGCAAAAAGGAGCGCUCUUCGCGCAAGGACAAAGAUGAGAGCGAUGAAGAACGCAAGGAACGUCGCACCACUUCACGUCAUCGCGACGAGGAUCACAGCAAUCUGCGCAAGCGCACCUUUAUCAAGCUGACUUGUGUCCAUUGUCGCAUCAAGUGCGUCACUUUCAAGGAGUACCAUUACCAUCUGAAUUCACGGACACACAAGAACUCGAUGCGCACCGUGGCAUUGCGCCAGAGAGCCGACUUGCAACGCAUGCGCGCCCGUCAACGCACCACACAGCGUGAGAUUGAGGAGAACAGCAAGGAGGAGUACGAAUCGCGCUAUUGCCGCCUUUGUCGUUUGGCAUAUCGCCAGCCAAAGAACCUCCAUCAGGCCUCGGAACACCAUAAGACGAUCAAGAAGUUCCUGAUGCCAUACUGUGGCUCCUGUCACUUGGCCUUCAAGAAUGCUAUGCUGUACGAGAACCAUCGCUGCUCGUUGGAGCACAUUAGAAAUAAGGCGCGCAAUGAUGAAUCUGGAUCGGAGGACAGCGUUGAUGAGCGUGAAAUAGAUUUGAAUAAAUUCCUUACCGUUGAUUCGGUAGGCGAGAUCGAUGAUGACAUUAUGGAUGCCGAUGUUGAUGCCAUGUUGCUUGAGGCUGAAACAGCUCAAAAGAGCACGGAUGAGGAGACUCGUAAACGCGGUCUCAUUGGUCCAGAAUUUAUCAAAUCGGUGGACGCAUUCUAUUGCGAAUUGUGCAAUCAUUAUUCGCCCAAGCAGGGCGAUGAUACCUUGGAGGACUACACAAAGAAGCAUUGCUUGCAACAUUCACAUGUAAAGAACUAUUUACGCCACAAGGAGGAGACCGAGAAGAAGUCCAAGUCGGAAGCCGGUGACGAUGAUGAUAUGGAAGCUGAGGAGGAGGAUGUCAAAAAGGAUUCUAAAGAUACUGAUGAGGCUGAAGCCGAUGAAGACAUUGAAUUGGAAGGCAAGGAAGAUGAAGAAGAUUACGAGGGUGAGGAUCCCGAUGAUUCACAUGAAGAAAAACUUUGGGAGGAUGUGGACAAAGAUCUGGGUGAUCUCUUGGCCGAAGUGGAGCCAUUGGGCCACGAAGAAGACGAAGAUGAGUCCGUAUUGAAUAUUGAUAUUGAAAGCGAGAAGAACAAGCCCAAUAAGGACGAAGCCAAUGGCAGUGCCGAUGAGAGUCCGAAGGAGACAAAGGCUACGCCUACCAAGACAACGGAGAAAAAGGUUGGCACACCAAUUAAGGCAGCAGCAGCUGAAAAGCAGGAGACGCCAGCGGCCAAGAAAGCAACGCCCAAAGCAGCAACCGCUACCAAGGCCAGCCGUCCCGGUCCGGCAUCAACGAAACGACAAGUUUUGGUCAAUUUGAAACGCACUUCAGCUGCGACAAUUAAGGCGGCUACCAAGCCAGCAGCGGAUUCAAAAUGAGCACGGGCCGUCCAUAGUCCCAAGCACCCAUAGAUAACUGCAACAACCAAAAGCCAGUGAUUUGGUUGCAGCAAUUUUUAAAUUACAAAUAAUACAAUUGAAAUUCAACUUUUACAUGGCAUCAUGUACAUCUGGAACUACACAACAAUGUGUGUAGUUGAGCGCGCGAGUCAUGUUUAAUAAACUUAGACUUAAAUCAACUAAACAAACCA